CGGCCUUUGAUAAGAGGUUUUCCACCCCAGCCGACGAAGGGCGCCACCGACCCGUGAAAAUUCAGAGAGUCAGAGAGAGAGAAAGAGUGAUUCGAGAGCUAAAUAAAGUUGAGCGAUUUUUCCAAGUGCGUGGUGUAAACAAACAUUAGUCACUAUUCUAGACAAGAGUUGUUAGUGUGCUGCUGCUGUGCAAAUUUAGUUUGAUUGGGCUCGUUUAAGCGUGUGUAAAAUAAGGAUUUUCCGUUUCCAGUGCCAAAUUCUGGUUUCCGAAAGUGGGCUUCCGGUGUGUGGUAUUGUGAGUUUAAAGGAAAACGUGUGCAAUUUUCGCGAAUCGCGGCGACAACACUAAAACACGAUUGGAAAAGCACCAGUCUCGCGUUCGUCCCCGACCAGUUUGCAACGAGCGGGAGUGGCCACCUUCGCCGUGCGGUUUUCCCGGCCCGGCCCCAACCCACGGCACGGCUUCAAAAUAGGUCAACCGCAGAGUUCCCGGUUUAACGAGCACGUGCAGUCCGCGAUGAACGAGGGCGCCGAAAUCGUGGUCAAAAAGGUGGCCGGCCACAUCCCCAAGGGCAGCAUCCCGAAGAACCCACCGAAGCCGAAGGACCACCACCAUCCGCACCACCACGCACUGUCCACGUACCGGUUGACGCGCGAGGACAUCUCCGGCGGACCGGUCAACCUGGACCAGAUCGAGCCGGGCCUGUGGCUGGGCAACGUGACGGCGGCGGCCGACCUGCCCACGCUCGAGAAGCUCGCCAUCCGGAGCGUGCUGACGAUCGAUUCGUGUCCGCUGCCGGCGCACGUCACCGAAAAUCCCGGCCUGCGGGUCAAGUACAUUCAAGCUUCCGAUGUGCCAAGAGAGGAUUUAAUCAAACAUUUCGAGGAAACCAACAAGUUCAUCCGGGAUAGCCUGGCUGAGGAGCGGAACGUACUUGUGCACUGCUACUUCGGGGUCAGCCGCAGCGCCACCAUCGUCAUCGCGUACAUGAUGGACAAGUACCGGCUCAGCUACGAGGCGGCCCUGCACCGGGUCAAGUCGCGGCGCCGGUUCGUGCUGCCCAAUCCGGGCUUCAUAACGCAGCUGAAGCUGUUUGCCCUCAUGAACUACACCAUCGAUCCGCAGAACGACCGGUACAAGCUGUUCCGGCUCAAGCUGGCCGCGGACAACGUGCGCAAGGCAAAGCGCCUCCCGGUCAACUGCAUGGACGUGGUCAAGCCAGACCCAGCCGUCACACAAGAGUCCCCGGAACCAAUCGUGUACCGGUGCCGCAAAUGCCGACGCGUGGUCGCCCGCAAGAGCAACCUGCUGAUGCACAAACCAAAACCCGCCGGGGCAUCGGGCGGCCAUCACUCGACGUCAUCGCCGGCCAAGUACGCCUCACUGGGUGACAUUACGGACACCGAGGGCGACGAACCACCGCCAGAGGUGAAGGAGGACGACGAAGCAGAGGGUGACCAGGAGGUGGCCACGAGAGGCGGGGAGGAACCGGUAGCGCAGGAAUCCGAGCCGGAACCUCCGAAGGAUGGCCUGUCGUACGUGACGGAACAUAUGCGGCGAAGCUCGAUCGGAAGUGACCACAGCCACGACCGGUCCUCGUCGGAGAAGGACGGAAUGUGUCGCAAGAUUUUCUUUAUCGAGCCGCUCGCCUGGAUGACGGACAUCUUCCACAACACCCAGGGCCGGUUGUACUGUCCCAAGUGUACGGUCAAGCUGGGGAGCUUCAACUGGGUCAUGGCAACCAAAUGUCCGUGCGGGGCGGAGAUCUAUCCGGCGUUCUAUCUGGUGCCCUCGAAGGCCGAGUACUCGACGGUCGUGCAGAACGUGCAGGUGACGGUGUAAUCGAAUUUACGCCAUCCAGCAACCAGUGAGAAUCUAUAACCCGAAAUGACCACACCACCUUCCUCUCCACAUUUUUCCGACAAGGAUUUUAACGCAGUAAAGAUUUUACCCCUUCCCCAAACAGUAGCAAUAGCCUCGUUAUAAAAUUUAAUGGGCAGUUUAUACACAACCGACAACAACCGCCGACACGGCAGGAGCCAUCUGGUGGCACAAGGCGAGCGUUUCGAUUAUGUCGCUCCGGGUGUUUGGUGUCAUCGUAUGAAUUAUGCCGGGCCAUUGCACAGAACAGGACAAUAUUUAGCGAUACUAUCGGUGUCCAAAUUGGCUGGACCGGUUACAGUGUGAGUUUAGCUUGCUUUUAAAAUUAAUUAGAAAAUUUAAAAUAUUAUUUGUGGGUUGAUUCAGUGGGAUAUUUACUUACCAAAGAACAUUGUAAUUAAAAAAAAAAACCCUUGAGAUGAGGACAGAGGCUAAAUACAAAAUAUGCUUGGACUAUUUCAAUUGGAAUUUCAGUUUAAAAAUUAUUGUUAAAAAUAUAAGCACAGAUAAACAAUCGUAAACAAACGUAAUCUCUUUUAAAUUUCAGCAAUUAACAAUAAAACGCUGAAUUUGAAUAACAGAAAAAUCAGCGCGUUAGCGAUUUCACCAAACAUACUUGGCUGACAGCGAAAUUAUGGGAAAGUAUUAUUUGUAUCAGACUUCGUUUAUGCUGACGCAACUAAUCUAAUUUCCGGGUAUUACAAAUUCCGAGGUUAUUGAACAUUUUCCAGCCCAGCCUAAACAUAAAGCAAAAACCAGACGGGUAUUUAACCAAUCUUUGCACUACCUAU